AUGUUGUUGGUUUAUGGCGCGACACAAGGACGACGAAAUCUUAUAGCUCUUUACGAAAGAUCGAACCAGUCCGGCAUGAUCAGGGGCAUAUCGGAAAUGGUCAAUCUUUUGGCGCCAAAAUCGCUGGUUAUAUUGGUACAAAAUGAGACCAAAAUCGAUCGCCUGGACAAAUUGACCGUCAUGAUCCAUCAUCACAACAUACCGACAUGUGUUUUCUACGACCUGGAAGGAUAUUUCAACCUAAUCGAAGAGAAGCUCAAGAAAUCGCUCGAAAUCACAUCGCUUAUAUUCUGCCACCCGGAAGACAUGCUGCAGGACAUGACCGACAGACGGUUGGCCCACCGGCUCAGCCUGUUUAUCUUCUACUGGGGAGCAACGCAACCUCCCGCACGAUUGAAUAGCGCCCUGCUAAGGGAGCCCCUGCGCGUGGCAAUCAUUACAAAUCCACGACGAAACAUUUUUCGUAUUUUUUACAAUCAAGCUCUACCAAAUAAUCGAGGUGAAAUGCGAAGCGUCAACUGGUUCGAUGGAAAUGAUAUGACGUUCAAGCGCAUGCCACUGCUUCCGUUACCGACAAAAGUGUAUAAAAAUUUUCAAGGGCGCAUUUUCACCAUUCCAGUGAUACACAAACCACCAUGGCACUUUAUCGUUUAUGGAAACGCAAGCGGCAACGCCGAGUAUAUGACCAACAAUUCAAACAGCGACGACGUUGGUUUUGAGCUAGAUUUAGAACGCAACGUUACGGUGGAAACAGACGACAAUUAUUUCACAGUAAAAGGAGGCCGCGAUCACAACCUCAUGCAACUGGUUGCCGACCGGAUGAACUUUAGCUUUCAAUACGUGGAGCCGCCCGAAAAAAUCCAAGGCAUAGCCCUCGGUUCCGAGGGAAAUGCGAGUUUUUCCGGCGCCCUGGGCAUGCUACAGCGAAGAGAAGCAGACCUGUACCUUGGCGAUGUCGCCGUAACGUGGGAACGGAUGAAGGCGGUCGAGUUUUCCUUUUUCACACUGGCCGAUUCAGCUGCCUUUGUAACGCAUGCCCCGCGCAAACUGAACGAAGCUUUAGCUCUUGUCCGUCCGUUCCAGGUGACGGUUUGGCCACCGGUUAUAAUUACCAUUAUCAUAUCCGGUCCGAUAUUGUACGUCAUCAUAUCGACGCCGUUUCGUUGGAAAAGCCCGCGUGAGCCAAGUAAGGGCAGCAUUUUGCAACGGUACAAGGCGGCUCGAAAUCGUAAGCCUGCAUUCUAUAAUAUGCGGUAUAUUGAAGAAAUGAACUACACGCGGUUCACCGCAACACGCCAAACGCGCCUGAUGAGGGAAAAUGAUAACUUUCCAAGCUUGGACCGGUGCAUUUGGUAUACGAUAAACGUGUACCUUCGCCAAUCGGCCAACAUUCCGUACGAUGGACACCUUGCACGUUUCUUUUCCAUAUUACUAUGGUUAUGCGCCACCUAUGUGCUGGGAGAUGUUUAUUCCGCCCAGUUAACUUCACAGUUAGCUCGACCGGCCCGUGAAAGCCCAAUCAAUACGCUUGGGCGGCUAGAGUACCGCAUGGCACGUGACGGUUACGAGUUGCUAGUCGAACGGCAGAGUGGAUUUCACGCUGCACUGGUAAAUUCGACGGGUGUGCUGCAACGGUUGUACCGUUUAACACGGAAGCGUUCGGUGAACGACUCAUUUUUGGUCACUUCCGUAGAGGUAGGCAUUCGGGUGCUCCAGAACGACCCCAAGCAUGCAGUGUUUGGAGGCCGCGAAACGCUUUACUUCAACACAAAACGGUACGGUGCAAAUCGGUUCCAAUUGAGCGAGAAGCUUUACACUCGCUACUCGGCCGUUGCGGUACAGAUUGGGUGUCCGUUUUUGGACAGCUUGAACGAAGUUAUAAUGCGUCUCUUUGAGGCAGGAAUUGUGGAGAAAAUUACCAUUGCAGAAUACGAGCAAAUGUUCGGGCGACAAAAAGGUGGCAUUUCUCAUGCCGAGGAAACACUCCGUUCGGCGAAAUCCAAUUCUGAUUGCAGUGAUAUGGAUGGGCCAGGUGGUAAGAGAAAGUCGGAUUCUAACGACAAAUUGCAACCAAUGAAUUUAAGAAUGCUUCAGGGCGCGUUUUUGGUUCUGGCUUGCGGGCAUUUAUUGGGCGGAGUGUGUCUUUUUGUUGAAAGGCAUAUGAUGAUGAUAGUUUGUUACAGUAAUGCCCUGAACCGAUUCUGGCAAAGAGGCAAGCGUAUAUUUAUUCGUCGACAUUGA